AUGAAGGGGACGGACGACAGGCCAGUUACACUGAAAUCAACCGAAGAGCUACUGGUCCCGAAUAUCGAUUUGUCUAUUUCCAUGCGCGACUUGGUGGGCCAAAUCGAUCCUCCUUCUUACCUGCGAAGUAUUUCCUUUUCAUCGCCGCCCACCCCUGCAUCAACGCAUGAGACCAUGGGUGACCAACGUAAUAUUUCCCAGAUUCUGGCAGCCUUAGCUGCCCACCAAUCUACGAGCGUCGCUGGACAUACAUCCUCGCCUCAACAAGGGCACAUGCCUCUAAAUGCAUUCUCCGGAAGUUACCAUCCCUCAGCGGCAUCUGCGGAUGUCGCCAAUUACUCUUUGCCUCCUCCCGACAGUACCGGGAGUUUAGAUAUCAGCGGUAUCAAGCCUGUCAAUACCGGCUCAGUGAGUAUUGCGGACGCAAUUGCCAAGGCGCGAGGAAUUGCUGCAGAGAAAGGCAUAUUACACGAUCAGAAUAGAGAUUCAAGACGAGACCCACGGUCGUACCAUCGUUCGCAAUCUCCACAAAGAAGUCCUUCACGAAUUACACGCGAUAUUUUCCGUGAUAAUUAUAACCCAUAUCGCGAUGAGCGUCGUACUGAUAGACGCGCUGGUCCGAAUGAGCGUGGCUAUACGCGGGAUCGUUCUUUCUCGCCUCGUCCAGCUGGGCGGGCACAGGAACCAUACUCUCCCCAAUCAUCACCGAGACAGUACUGGGGGACGGAUGACCGACCUCCUCCCCAAGGUCGUAGACCGGGCAGUAUGGACGAUAAUGUUGAAACCAUUAGUGUUGAGUCUAGUUUGGUUGGCUUGAUCAUCGGUCGCCAAGGGGAGAGUUUGCGACGAAUUGAAUCAGAUACUGGAACGAGGAUACAGUUUCUGGAUAAUGCCGAUCCCAGCAGUUCAGUGAGACUUUGCAAGAUUACAGGAAGCAGGGUCGCGAGAGGAGAUGUGAAAGCGGAAAUUACGCGCAUUAUCAGCGAGACCAGCGCGUCCCGAUCAGGCACUCGGACAGACCGCCCGGGCCAUAUGCCACCUAAAGCUACCAGUCAGUCUGCCCAGGACGAUGAAGAUGCCGUGCGGAUUAUGGUUCCUGACCGGACGGUCGGGCUUAUUAUUGGCCGUGGAGGCGAGACCAUUAGAGACCUCCAAGAGCGAAGCGGAUGUCAUGUGAAUAUCGUAAAUGAGAAUAAAAGCAUCAACGGGCUUCGACCGGUCAAUCUGAUAGGGUCUCCUGAUGCUACGGAGAGAGCAAAAAAUCUUAUUCUCGAAAUCGUCGAGAGUGACACUCGACAGCUUGCGAACCCAACGCAGCGCGAACCACGCGCAGCAUAUGGAGGAGAUCAGCCUGGAGGUGGACCUGGCGGUGAGAAAAUCAACGAUAUGAUGUUUAUUCCACCAGAUGCGGUUGGGAUGAUUAUUGGAAAAGGUGGAGAUACAAUUAAAGAAAUGCAGGCCGUUACUGGUUGUAGAAUCAACAUUCAGUCACCGGUAGGCCGUGAUGCUGAUCGGGAAGUAACUUUGGUUGGGAGCAGGGGCGCGAUCGAGGAGGCAAAGAGGAUGAUCAUGGAGAAGAUCGACAGCGCAGAAUACAAAGCUCGUUCUCAACAACCUCAGCGACGAGAUGACUCGUAUGGUGACCGAUAUGCAAGACCGCAGCAGCGCCAGAGCCAGCAGUACUACCAGGACUACCAGGAUCAGAACAGAACAGCCGCACAGCCCCUUACUCAGCAACAUCCCCCUCAGCCUGGUGCGGAGGAGGACCCGUAUGCUCAAUGGGGAGGUUACCAGAACUACAUUGCUUGGUGGUACGCGGCCAUGCAACAGCAGGCACAGCAGCAACAGACGGGGCAAGCUCCACCCGGUCAGUCUGAACCUCCUGGCCCACCUGGGGUCCCAUAA